AUGUCUCCGGAUGAGCUGUUGGACAACUAUGAGGGCCGGGUGGUCCCCCGACGCUUCAUCGCCGGCUUCGUUGUGCUUAGCUAUACUAUCAGUCUCAUUGGCGCAGGUUCAACUCUCGAAUUAAUUAACCGUCGAACAGGCUUCAAGGGUAUCUUCAACAACGUUCUACUCGUCGGUGCUGCUGUGACAAUGGGAGGCGUGUCCAUAUGGUCUAUGCACUUUGUCGGUAAUAAAGCAAUCUACCUCGGAAACGGCGAACAAGAGUUACAGAUCACCUUCUCUACCCUGUUCACCAUUAUCUCCUUCUUCGUCCCUAUUGUUGUACUGUUGAUUGCCUUUAUCACUAUUGGUACUAGUAGCAUUGUCUCAUGGAUUCGAGUCUCGCUUGGUGGUUUCCUAUGUGGCUCCGCUAUAUGCGGUAUGCACUAUCUCGGUAAUGCUUCAAUCGAGAACUAUACCUGCAGAUACAAUAAAGGCUAUAUUGUCGGGUCGGCGAUUAUUGCCAUCGCGGCGAGCAUCAUUGCGCUCUCGGCCUUCUUCAUCUUUCGGUCUACUUGGGCUAAUUCAUGGUGGAAGAGGCUUCUAUCGGCCCUGUUGCUUGCAGGUGCUGUCUCCGGCAUGCAUUGGUGCGCAGCAUUUGGCACAGAAUAUACAUUGAUCUCCAUCAACUCUGGCCGCGGCGGUGAGAUGUCACAGGAGGCGACCGCGAUUGUUGUUAUUUGUCUGGCCGUAGGCGCGUGCCUCAUCAUAGCUGGUCUGGCAAUCUUCACAACAAGGAAGAUGAACCAGUCCGCCCGCCGAGCGCAAAAGAUAACCCUUGGUGCUGCUGUCUUCAACAAGCAGGGCAUGAUCCUGGUUGAUGCAGACGGCCUUAUCCCUAGCACUAUUAUCACUGACUCGUUUAUACCGACGAGUGACAAACAGCCUUUAACCGUCGCUCACCCUUACUUCCUAUGGAUGUUCCAGGUCACCAGGAACUGGGCCAGCCUUUCCCGUCUUAUGAAGCAAUAUGCCGCCCAGAGGGAGCUCAGAAUGAUUAACAACGUCUCGCCUACUGAAGAAGAUGGCAUCCUCUUUCGAAGUAAAUUCUGCCUGGCUGCUAUGAGACUCGCCGAACGUCUCCGCGGGGACCUUUCAUCCGCUGGUGUCCUCUGGGACGAGAUCCUACCAACCGGCCGUCCAACGACUUCUACUCUGGAAUUAGAGCCUUAUAACGAACCGACGAGCCGCAUAUCAACCAAGUUUAGACUAAACUUACAUGAAAAGGUGGCGGCAUGCGAACAGCAAGUUGGACAAGGCUCACUGAUGUUUCUUGUUAGCUGCACCCAGAGUGAGCGUGAUGAGGAAAGCCUUGCUGUGGCUGGCUAUCGGUUCGCGGCGGUAGAACAUGUCAGCGGAAUUAUUGCCUCUCGAAUGCAAAUCAAGACGCUUGGGGUUAGUGAAAAGCUGUGUCAAAUGGCUGGGUAUGUCAGCCAGGACAAAGCGACAGGCGCUCAUGUCCGUUUGGGCUUUUUCGCCAUCAGAGCUCGAGUUAAUACGUCCGGUUUUGAUGUCCUUGUCAAGACCUCGGCACGAAACAUCCUCCCUUCUGUUCAUCUAUCUAUUCCCAAGCUCGAGUCAUGGCAGAUAGCCAUUAUAAACCGAUUCAAGGGAAUGUCUACCGUUGCUAUGAUGCACGCUUUGGAAGAGAUCACGAUAUCAACCGAAAGAGAGACUGAGUUUAUCAGCCAGCUUCGGAUCGGGAUCAAUACACUACGUGCAUCAUUCCAGGACCCUCUUAUGGACGACGCGAUUCUCUCAGCAGAAGUGAUUAACUUGCCCGGCGGGCGACACGACCGAUCAACCCUUCACACAAUGCUCAUUUUCAGAAUUAUUGCCCCUAUUCAUUCCGUUAUCAACAACCCAGAAUAUGAGUACAUCCCUCUCAGCCUUUUCAAAACUCAUCAGCUGGUUAAGAUGCAGGAAUCUCAACUCGCAUUCGUUCAGAGCGUACACCAUGAAUUCGGAUCCGUUCUCGGCGAGGUUUCACUAAGCGAGGAACAAUACCGAGAACCAGUUGGCCACAACGUUCUUGCUAAACUCAGAAGGAAAAAAAGCACACAAAUACACAGCAGAGUGGUAGAAGGGGACGAGGAGCAAGUGUUAAGAAGGAAAUCAUCAACUGGAUCAGGCUCGGCCUCGACAAUAAACAUGUAUCAAUCCCCAGCAGGCAGUGCGAGAUCUCAGAUUGGCAACAUCCAGCGGAAAGACACUUCACACGAUGUGGUUCGAGACACAAACUUAGCCGCACCGUCGUUUGGAGGCAUCAUGGUCUUGCAAGAGAUCAGAAUCAAUGUCGAAGAAAGCACUGAUCAAAGGCGGCAGCUGACAGACCCUAUGAGUAGCAUGGCAAUCACCAGUCACAUAUCAGCCUCGUCGGAUAUUGAGCUGCAGUCGAAGAUCUAUGACAAGGCGAUGGAAAUUCAAGUGUCAUACGCGUCACCAGGGAGUAGAAGCCACAAUACGUUUGUCGAUAUAUUAUUCCAGGAUACUAUAGAGAGUCAAGGGUGGAAAAAGUGA